CAAUCAUGGCGGCUACCUCAGCAGGCUUGGGAAGCAUGAUACAAAACGUCAACAAAGUAAAACACAUUUCUUGUUUUUCUUCAAGUAUGAUGUCUAAUGGCAUAAGGAGAAGAAGAAUCAGCACAUGCAUACGUCUCUAUCAAAGUCAGCUCAAAACCAAAAAGAAGAGUGUCAGUGUUCCUCAAAGGAUGGUGGGGGUGGUUGGCCUGGAGAUCCAUGCUCAGAUCAACUCCUUGUCAAAACUUUUCUCUGCUUCAGAAGUGAGGUUCUUGGCACCUCCGAAUUCACUCGUAUCGUUCUUCGAUGCAUCUCUUCCAGGCACACUGCCAGUUCUGAAUAAGAGAUGUGUGGAGGCUGCAGUGAUGACAGCGCUGGCUCUCAACUGCUCCAUAAACAGAAAAUCCCUGUUUGACAGGAAACACUACUUUUACGCAGAUAUGCCCGCAGGUUACCAGAUCACCCAGCAGAGGCUGCCUAUUGCAGUGGAUGGCAAGCUGACCUACAGCUACUUGGGAGGUCCCAAGAGGAAUCAGAUGUUGACCAAGAACGUAAACAUCAAACAGAUCCAGCUGGAGCAGGACAGUGGCAAGAGCCUCCACGAUGAGCCACACAACCAGACCCUCAUUGAUCUCAACAGGGCAGGGGUUGGCCUGAUGGAGAUCGUGAUGGAGCCUGAGAUGAGCUGUGGAGAGGAGGCAGCGGCAGCUGUCCGGGAACUGCAGCUCAUUCUGCAGACACUGGGGACAUGCCGGGGAAACAUGUCAGAGGGCCAGCUGAGGGUGGAUGCCAACGUAUCAGUGCACAUGCCUGGGGAGCCGCUUGGCAUCAGGACUGAAGUGAAGAACAUCAACAGUGCCCGAUUCCUGGCUAGGGCCAUAGAUUAUGAGAUACAAAGGCAAACAGACCUGCUAGAGCAAGGUGGAACUGUGCAGAAUGAGACCCGGGCCUUUGACCAGAAAACCAGCACAACCGUUCCAAUGAGAGACAAGGAGGACUUCCAGGACUAUAGGUUUAUGCCCGAGCCCAACCUGCCCCCUCUGCGGGUGUAUGACAGUGCUAGCGUGCCGGCAGGGCUGGACUCAUCCCAGCUGGUGCUGGUGGACCAGCUGCAGGCCGGCCUGCCUGAGCUGCCCAGCGUGCGCAGGGAGAGGCUGGUGCGGACCUACAGCAUCCUGCCAGAGCACAGCUUCACACUGGUGAAUGAUGACGAACUGCUGGACUAUUUUGAGAGUGUGAUGAAGUCGACCAAAGCUGCCCCUUCAAAGGUGAUUGGUUGGGUGAUGAAGGAGCUGGUGGGAUCCCUGAACCAGCAGAAUCUGGAGAUCAGCCAGAGCCCAGUGUCCCCUCACGCCCUGGCUGAGCUGCUGGACCUGUUGGAGGCAGGACACAUCUCUUCUUCAGCUGCCAAGCACGUCUUCACAGAGCUGUGGAAAAGCCCAGGAAAGAGUGCAGAGCAGAUCGUACAGGAGCAAGACCUGGGCCUGCUGUCUGACCCUGUCCAGCUCCGCUCGGUCUGUCAGAGGGUGGUGGACACGCACCCAGAACAGGUCCGAGCUAUUAAGCAAGGAAACCAGAAGGUCCUGAACAAACUCAUGGGUGAGGUGCAGAAGGAGACCAAAGGCCGAGCCAACCCAGUACAGCUGCGUGCCAUUCUCCAGGAGAUGGUUUCAGUCUGAGGGACGGGCCCAGUGGGCGCUUCGUUGGAAUGCCUCUGUGGGGAAAACAUCUGAGAUGGGAGCUCACAGGCCUCAUGGCCCUGCUUUAUGAUAAUGCUAAAACAGUAGUGCUAGUAGUCUGCAUCUGUAUGCAUCA